CCCUGUUGUGAAGUGGGUGUCUCGGACAGGAACAGUUUCUGCAUCACCUCCAUUUCCCCACUGCCCAGCCCAAAGUAAGCCUGGGGGGAGCAUUUCCUCUCCCAGGAGCCCCUUGAGGACACACUACAGAUGCAGGAAGACGUUGCACAAGGACGGCCCAGGUGAAGGGAGGCGUCCAGGAGACACCAUGGCUGUAACCCUGGAAGCCCAGGCCCAGGGCUCCCCGCUACCAGAGCCUGAAGAACUCCUGAUUGUCAAGCUGGAGGAGGACUCGUGGAGACCAGACUCCCAACCCCGGGAGAAGGACCAUGACCCUGUCCCUGGCCCUGAGGCCUCCCGCCAGCGCUUCAGGCAGUUCCAGUACAGGGAUGCGGCGGGACCCCACGAGGCCUUCAGCCAGCUCUGGGCACUCUGCUGUCACUGGCUGAGGCCGGAGAUCCGCCUCAAAGAGCAGAUACUGGAGUUGCUGGUGCUGGAGCAGUUCCUGACUAUCUUACCCAGGGAGGUCCAGGCCUGGGUACAGGCGCGCCACCCUGAGAGCGGCGAGGAGGCGGUGGCCCUGGUGGAGGAUUGGCACCGAGAGGCACGGGCCGCAGGACAGCGGGAACUGGAGUUGUGUGCAGAAGAGACCAGGUCCUUAAAGACAAUGAAGGAGUCUCAGAGCUUCCAGCGGUGGCCAGCAGAUCACUGGCCCGAGGGACAGUCCCAGAAGCAGCGGGUGAAGAAUCCACGUCCUGACCUUCCCGAGCAUCUAGACACCAAGAUGGCACCACAGCCCUUGAAAGAGAGUGCUGUCCUCACUCCCCGAGUCCCUACUCUACCAAAGAUGGGGAGCAUUGGAGAUUGGGAGGUGACAGUGGAGUCCCAGGAAGCCCUGGGUCCCGGCAGACACGCUGAGAAGGAGUUCUGCAAGGACCCCCCAGGAGACAGCUGUGGGAACGGCCUGCCCCUGGGAGUUCCAGUUUCAAAACCAACCAUCACCUCCCAGCAAGAGCAAGGACCAGAAUUUUGGGGUCCAAGACUUGUAAAUUCUGGACAAAAGAACCCUGCAGAUUACAGCUGGGAUACUGAGCAAACAAAACCAGCUCAGGCUUUGGCCUGGAGGGAUUCCAGGGCCUGGGAAGAACGAUAUCAGUGGGACAUGGAGGAUGUGAAAGUAUCAGGUGUGCACUGGAGCUAUGAGGAGACUAAGACUUUCCUGGCAAUUUUGAGUGAGUCUCCUUUUUCUGAAAAACUCCGGACUUGUCACCAGAACCGCCAGGUGUACCGGGCCAUUGCAGAGCGGCUGAGGGCACAGGGCUUCCUGCGGACCCUGGAGCAGUGUCGCUACAGAGUCAAAAACCUCCUACGGAAUUACCGGAAAGCCAAGAGCAGCCACCCGCCGGGGACCUGCCCCUUCUAUGAGGAGCUGGAGGCCCUGGUGAGGGCUCGGACGGCCAUCAGAGCCUCAGAUGGCCCAGGAGAGGCUGUGGCUCUGCCCAGGCUGGGGGACAGUGACAUGGAGGUGGAUGAGCAGGAGGAACGGGGCUGGGAGCCUGAGGAAACAACGGACGACUGUAAUGGUGAUGACAGUCACCUGGCCACUGAAGAGUUCGUCCACGGACCCAGGAUUCCAGGGGGCCCAGCUCUGCUCCAGAGUCGUAUUGCAGGUGUGCACUGGGGCUACGAGGAGACCAAGGCCUUCCUGACCAUUCUCAGUGAGUCCCCAUUCUCUGAGAAGCUUCGCACUUGUCACCAGAACAGCCAGGUAUACCGGGCCAUUGCAGAGCGGCUGUGUGCACAGGGCUUCCUGCGGACCCUGGAGCAGUGUCGCUACAGAUUCAAAAACCUCCUUCGAAGCUACCGAAAAGCCAAGAGCAGCCACCCACCUGGGACCUGCCCCUUCUAUGAGGAGCUGGACUCGCUGAUGAGGGCUCGGACUGCGGUUAGAGACAUGGGGACCAGCAAGGAGGCAGUGGGUCUUCCUACUUCUGGGGAGAGUGGUACCCAGGUUGUCAACCAGGAGGCCUGGGAUGAAAUGGCAGGUGAAGAUGCCGUCAGACCUCCAACCCCAGGUCCUAAAACCCCAGACACUGGUUUUGAGAUGAGGCAUGAAGAUGAAGACCAGAUUUCAGAGCAGGACAUUUUUGAAGAUUUGCCUAGAGCCUUAUCAAAGUGUACUGCAGAGGAUGAUUGCUACCCUCAUGAUUGGGGGGAAGACAGUGAAAAUGAAAACGAAGGUAAAGGGCAGUGGGGAAAUCCAUCCCAGGAUCAGUGGGAAGAAUGUUCUUCUGAAGAGGACUUAGAAAAACUCAUCGAUCAUCAAGGCCUGUACCUUGCAGAGAAACCCUACAAGUGUGACACGUGCGUGAAACGGUUCAGCCGGAAUUCGCAGUUAAUCGCCCACCAGCGGAUACACACAGGUGAGAGGCCCUACAAAUGCCUUGAAUGUGGGAAAAGCUUUAGUGACCGGUCCAACUUCAAUACCCAUCAGAGAAUCCACACUGGAGAGAAGCCCUACAAAUGCCUUGAAUGUGGGAAAAGCUUUAGUGACCACUCCAAUCUCAUCGCCCACCAGAGAACGCACACGAAGGUAAAACCCUAUAAAUGUGGGGAAUGUUGGGAAAGCUUCGCCCAGAGCUCAAACCUUCUGAAACAUCAGAGAAUCCACUUGGGAGGAAAUCGUGAUCACUGUGGUGAGCCUGGGAAAAACUCUGGCCAGAGCCCAUCCUGUAGUGCUCACUGGAGGAACUCAACAGAGGAGACAUCUCCAGAACAAACUCAAAGUGCCAGUAAGAACUUGAAUUCUCCUGGACCGCAAAGCACCAACUCAGGGGAUAAACUUUAUCAGUGUUCCGAAUGUGGAAGAAGCUUCUCCAAGAGUUCUGCCCUCAUCAGUCACCAAAGAAUCCACACGGGAGAGAAACCAUAUGGAUGUGCUGAAUGUGGGAAAAGCUUCAGUAAGAGCUCCACGCUGGCCAACCACCAGCGAACCCACACUGGGGAGAAGCCGUAUGAGUGCACAGACUGUGGGAAAUGCUUUGGGGAGCGUUCCAAGCUCAUCACACACCAGAGGGUGCACACAGGAGAGAAGCCCUACAGAUGCCUCGAGUGUGGGAAGUUCUUCCGUGACCGUUCCAACCUCAUUACCCACCAGAGAAUCCACACAGGAGAGAAGCCUUAUAAGUGCAGAGAGUGUGGGAAAUGCUUUAACCAGAGCUCCAGUCUUAUUAUUCACCAGAGAAUCCACACCGGGGAGAAACCCUACAAGUGUACGGAGUGCGGCAAAGAUUUCAACAACAGCUCCCACUUCAGUGCCCACAGGAGAACCCAUGCAGGAGGGAAGGCAUCAUAGGAGACAAAAGAGAGAAACAUAUAUUUAAAUCUCCCAAGAUCCUAAGAUGUAUGCUAGAAAGAAACUGUCCCAAUUUUUAAGCUUAGCGUGUACCUGGGGAACUUACCUUGGUACAAUCCAAGUAAUUCGGAAGUGAGUUACAAAUGCUAAGGAUCCAGAUUUGAAGGCACUUUUCUUAAGUGUAAUGUGUUUUUUCUCCUGCAGAAAAACCCCACACAACCCUCAGGCUGCCCUUAUAUUUGCUGUCGUGUAAGAGCUUUAUCAGUGUUUGAGCCAGACUGGUAACUGAGGGGAUUAGAGGUAAAUCAGUGGUCCUGAGCAGUGAUUCUAGACCUUGCUGUGCCUUCACACCGUCCACAUGUACACAUGCCCCAUCGGUGUACGUUGGCAAAUUAUCAUACGUGGCCGUUUUCCAUUGGGGCGUAACCUCCUGGGAGAACUUUGAGACUCUCCAGUGAUGGAGGCAUAAUUGAGAAUCAGUGGCCUAGAGCAGGCUACCAUGAGCUUAUCAAAGGGUAGAAACAACAGUGACAUCAUUACUAGAUCAUUAUUAAUAAUAGCAAAAGUAGCCAGCAUCUAUCGAGCUCUUCAGUAGGCUCUGUGCUAAGCACUUUGUAUACAUCAUCUCAUUUACUCCUCACAGCAGCCCCAGGAGGUAUUUAUAUUUUCCCCAUUUCCCAGAAGAGAGAAGUGACUUGCUUGGGUCACACAUCUGAAAAUGGCAGAGGCAGGAUUCAACCAGCUCUGUCUCUAGGGCCUGAGGUGCUCUCACCGCUUCACUGAAUCCCCUUUCACAUUGGGGCAGGUAACUCAGGUGCCAAAGCACUUUGUAGACCACAUUUUCUGUUAAAAUUCCCUAUGGAUUCUGUUUUUAACAAAUAUGGACAUUGAGAAUCCCAAAAGAUUGAAGGACUGGGGAUGUUCACAGUUGGCAAUGUGCUUUGAGCGAGACUGAGCUCUCAUCAAAGCACUUGAUGUGAAUUUCCAUCUUCACAAUAAUAUGGGUGACAGACAGAGGUGAGUUGAGAUUGGGAACAAUAAUGUAGCCAAAGUGAUGUUUCUUCCAAUGAGAUACAGUUUUGGCUAAGGAAAUGGGGUUUUUAAGAAUUUCGCUUUUUCUCAGGGGGUCAGCCCUGCUUCUUGUUAGACUUGGCUGGAUUGUAGGUUGAACCUUAAGAAACCUGGCCUAGCUGGCCAGUGCUCACUCAUCCCGGUGUGUUGGCCCCCUGGCCCUUUCCCUCCAGGCGCAGCAGAAGCUUUGCGCCAAGGCUGAGGCAGAAGGGGGGUGGAAGGAGCGGUGUGUGUGGAGUGCCGCGGAGGGGGCUUUGAAGGCUAUUGCUUAGUCCAGGUUCAUGGUGCACUCUUACUCUGAGCCUUCUCGGCCCAGGCCCACCCAGUGCUGUCUAAAUGUUGGCUGGAAAGAGCUGCCUCCAGCUCCGACAGGCUCAAUCAGAAAGGUUCACACAGGAUGGUUUCCUAGUUCUCAGUGCUUUGGCCUCCAGGAUUUCUCCUCAGGAGGGUUAAACAAUGUUGGCCAGGGACUAUGGUUUCCAAAGGAUUUUAAAGGAGCAUCCCUCUCCUGACAUCCGCCUAUGAUACUGGGAAUGCCGUUCAUACCCUGGCUCGUUCAUCAACUUGGGAAGUACUAUUAGAUAGUAGAUGUGAGGGAACCUUGAAGAGGAGCUCUCUGCAUGUGAAGCAGUCAGUGGGGAGAUUGGCACUCCCACCGACGCAUAUCACUCCUUAGUCCCUUCCUCGGCUUCCCAAGAACCUGCUUACCUCGGAUCACUGCCUGUCACCCCCUUCCCGGUUUACCUCUCCUGGCUCACCUUAUCUCUGAGGAGCAGGGCCCGUGAGUGAGCCCUGGCUUUGAACCACCAGGUGUCAGUAACUGCAACAGUAGGAUGGUGGGUAGGGAACCACCUGAGCCAAGAGGAAGGAUCCUGGAGGAAGGGAAGGGAGGUCCAGGGAAAGACCAAGUGGUGUGAAAUUGCAUGGCUUCAGGGUGGGGCUGGGACCAUAACUUCUUAGCUCUAUUGGGGUGGAAAUGGGAGGUGAGGAGUGUUAGGAGCUCAGAUUGGAAGGGUGCGGGGGUGGGUCAUGGAGGACCUUGUGGCUGCUGAGGGGGACGUGGUCAGAUGCGCGUUGUUGAAACCUAAUAGCUGAACGGAACCUGGCUCUGCUGCAGUUAGGACAGCCUGUUGGGACACUGUUGCAAUAUUCCAGUUAAACGUGAGGGUCUGAACUAGAGCAGGGGUAACGUUGAAGAGGAGGGGAUGAUUUGAGAGGUGCCACAGGCAGAAUUGAGGGCAGCGGAGGAAAGCCAGGAUGCCUGGGUGGCUGGUGGAGCCUGCCGUCUUUCCGAACUGGGAUCACAGGAGGAGGUGCAGAUAGGGCAGGAGGGCAGAAGAUCAGAAGUUUAAUUUGGGGCAUUUUGGUUAGGGACAUCCAAGAGGUGAUACGAUACGCAGCAGGCAUUUGGAUAUCGGGGCCUGAAGCUGGGGGGAGGUUAGGACUCAAGAGUUAUCUGUAUGCUUGGGAGUUACCUUCAUGUUCAAGUCAUAGAAAGGCUGGGCCCGGGACAGAACUGGAGAAGCACCACGUGUAGAGGAAGAUGCCCCUCAGAGGAGAUCUAGACUAACCCCCAGUCCCACCGCCUCCCGCGCACUCCAGCCAACUUUCAGACACUGCCUCAAUCGCUGCUGACACCGGCAUUCUCAAUGUAGUUCUGAAUUUCCUGGAACCUUCCCUGUAGAAGCCAAGCUGAGCUCUGUGUAGAAGUGAGAUAAUGGCCCUCUCCCCUCCCAAGCAUCACCCGUUCCCCUGCUCUUGGAAGUAUGCUGGUGUCUCAUGUUCUCAAGUGAACAGUUUUGAUGUUUAUUACCUAUUGGUCCUUUCUCGUAACUCAGGUUCAGCCAUGAAAUCGAGGGCAGUGUGGGCCAGGAGAGAAAGUGGCCCAGGAGGACCUUCUCUCCUUGUGUACCUGACUCUUCCUUUGGAAGAAGUUCCCUUUCAGGUGGCUUCCAUGUUUGGGGCCCGACCCAUCACUCUGCCAGGGCACCCAGACAUCCUCCAACAGGUCUUUGCUGCUCAAAUAAACCGACAUCUGGUUUGACACACCCCGAGCCUUGUUACCGUCAGUCUGCUCUUGGGAAGUAGAUUCACUCUGCAGAAUGGGCGGUUUCUCAGCCUGCGUGGCCACAGGUCAGACCCUGGUCAUGGGAGACAGAAGCGGUACCUGCCUCCCUGGGAAGGUGUUUUGUGUGAGCUGCAUCUCCUUCCUUGAUUUCUGUACCCUCCACCCCAGGAAGGGCGUUGGCUCCUUGGAGGUGACUAAAGGGCACCACGAAGACUCUCAUUCCACAGACUCCGCAGCAGGCAGCAGACCCUAAGGUAGCGGCAGGGAAAGGCGGGACCAGGCUGCUUUAGAUACCCGUUUCUGUUCUUAGGCCUUGGCCCCAGCAGCUGAAGGCACGGUCCUGGCUGCCU